UUUCUUUUAAAGUCACCAGAAAAGGCGGCUGAUCCUUCGGAGGCAGAACCCUUCUCGGGAAGCAUAUAUUGCCUUCAAAUUAAGUGAAUACUGAUUCAUUGUCAACUUGCUAGCUCUCGCUUUCACUUCACUUCUCUUCUGAAAUCUGUGCUCCCUAGGGUUUGCUUUUCACUGUUUGAAUCUCUGUCUUCUUCCACUUAGAAAGCAGCUCUCUACUUUUGCACUUCUGGGUUUCGUUUAUUUUGGUUUCUAGUUCAUUUUUGCAACAAAAUUUUGAGAUUGGAGCUUGUUGAUCUAAGAGGGAGAGAUAGAGAGACAUGGAUGAGAGAAAUGAUGUUGAUAAGAUAGACGAAGUGAUGUUACCAGGGUUUAGAUUUCACCCAACAGAUGAGGAGCUUGUAGGGUUUUAUCUGAAGAGGAAGAUUCAACAGCGGCCUCUCUCGAUCGAGCUUAUCAAGCAACUUGACAUCUACAAAUACGAUCCCUGGGAUCUUCCAAAGUUAGCAACGACUGGAGAAAAGGAGUGGUAUUUCUACUGCCCCAGGGACAGGAAAUAUAGAAAUAGCGCAAGGCCUAAUAGGGUUACCGGAGCUGGGUUUUGGAAAGCCACCGGAACCGACAGGCCUAUUUACUCGUCAGAAGGGAACAAGUGCAUUGGCUUGAAGAAAUCCCUUGUUUUCUAUAAAGGUAGAGCUGCCAAAGGGAUCAAAACAGAUUGGAUGAUGCAUGAGUUUCGGUUGCCUUGUCUCGCAGACUCUGCACCACCCAAGAGAUUCAUCGACAAAACCAUUCCUGCCAAUGACUCAUGGGCAAUAUGCAGGAUAUUCAAGAAAACAAACUCCACAGCACAAAGAGCUCUGUCAAAUCCUUGGGUUUCUCCACUACCUGAACCUUCAGCUUCUUCUUUAAUUUCCAAAGGCUCACAAACUAGUCAUCAUCACUUUAGUUCACAAAACAUGCCACUCGCAACAGAAACCAGUACAGGCAUCCAGUUGAACUACAACAAUCAUGAGAUACAACACUCGUCUAUUACUAGUUUCUCUCCUUCAGACUUUUCCUCCUUCAAGCCCGUGAAUCAUAACAGUUCAUUGCCAAUCAAACUCUCUCACCAUCUUCCCAUUUCAAACGGAGAUCUGACUAACAAUUUUUUCUUUUCUCCCAUUGAAACACUAGCUCCUGCAAAAUGCACUGUUGAUGUUUCUUCUGUGCUGUUAAACAUGUCUUCCUCAAUGCUUGAAGAUAUUGGAUAUCAUAAGGUAGCCACAGAUAGUAGCUUAGACUUUGCAGGGCCACAAGAUCAUUGCAAUGGCUUCUCAUUAACUUGUUUGCCCCAAGUGAUGCAAGUGAAUGCUGGCAAUGGAGAUGAUCAUGCACCGAUGAAGAAUCCGAACGCGACACAUAUCAAUGAUCAAUGGGAGACAGUCCCUUCUAUUGGAUUUCCCUUCAGUUUGCCUAUGAGUAUGGGCGAUACAUGGAAGCCAAACUUGGUUUGGGAUUCUUCCUCAUGUUCUAGUGAGAUGUCCACAAGUUUUUCCACAGCUGAGUGUUAUACUUGAGGACAUUACUAUAUAGUUAAAUCAAGUAGUACGUAGUUCAAAGUUUUUAUGUUUAAAAAGAAAAAAGAGAAUUAUUCUGUUUAAAUUAAAAUAUAGAAUUUUGUUGCCUUAGAACUUUAGAACUUUGUAACAAAUCUGAAUCCAAAAUUUUCAGCAAUUAAUGGUUUUUUUUUUUUUAA